AUGUGUGAUGAAAUUAAUAUUUCGAGCAAACUUCUCCAAUCACCCUCGCUUGAUCUAUCAGAAGCUACUAACCAAUUAAACAUCACAAAAAAGUUAUUGGAAGAUUAUCGUUCUGAAGAAGGUUUUAAAAAAACAUUAAAAACUGCAAAGGAAGUUGCUAAAAAAGUUGGAAUUGAUGACAAAUUUGAUAGUUUACAAAGAUCGAGACGUAAGGCGAUUUCCCGAUCCAAAAAUUCACUUCAAAGUUAA